AUGAUGUUAUGCUUAUUUCUUAUAUUUCCUAUACUAAGUGUAACUAGUCGUUCAUUUACUAUUAAUAAUUAUUUAUCAUCAAACACGAUAACAGAUCGUAUUAUUGAAUUAGUUACUCGAGGUGCAUUUCGUGGUGUAACUUAUAAUCGUUUAGCAGCAUUAGCUGAUACAAUAGGGCCUCGUUUAUGUGGAAAUGAAUCAUUAACUAAAGCUGUUCAUUGGGUACAAAAUUCUAUGAUUGAUGAAGGUCUUGAUAAUGUUCAUAUCGAAGAAGUUCAAAUACCUCAUUGGAUACGAGGUGAAGAACACGCUCAAUUGGUUCAACCCCGUUAUACAAAAUUGUCAAUGCUUGGUUUAGGUAAUUCAGUUGGUACGGGACCAAAAGGUAUUCAAGCACCUGUACUUGUUGUUCGAUCAUUCGAUGAAUUAAAUGCAAGAUGUGAAGAAGCUCGAAAUAAAAUUGUUGUUUUUAAUCCUCAAUGUGAUUGGCAAACACAACCACUUGGUUGUUAUGGUCCUGUUGUUGGUUAUCGUGUUGCUGGAGCAUCACAUGCAGCUAAAUGUGGAGCAUUAGCUUCUCUUAGUCGAUCAGCUGCAUCACGUUCAAUUGAUUCACCACAUACAGGUGUUAUGGCAUAUGAUCCAGCAUAUCCAAAAAUUCCAGCUGGAUCACUUUCAGUGGAACAUGCUGAUAUGCUUGAUCGUUUUCAACAACGAAAUCAAUCUAUGGAAAUUUUUCUCUAUAUGGAAGCACAAACAUUGCCUGAUGUUAUUGGUUAUAAUCUUGUAGCUGAAGUAAAAGGUUCAACAUUACCUGAUGAAACUGUUCUUGUUAGUGGUCAUUUAGAUAGCUGGGAUGUUGGUCAAGGAGCUAUGGAUGAUGGUGGUGGUGCAAUGAUUUCUUGGACUGUUCUUUCUUUACUUCAUUCAUUAAAUAUUCGAGCUAAACGAACAAUACGAUGUGUUCUAUGGUCAUGUGAAGAAUUUGGUGGUGUUGGUGCUGAUCAAUAUUUUAAUGCGCAUGAAAAUGAAGUAUCGAAAAUGAGUAUUGUUAUGGAAUCAGACCUUGGAGUAUUUCAUCCACAAGGUUUGCAGUUCCAAGGCAAACCUGAAGCACAACAAAUUAUAAAAAACAUAUCAAAACAAUUGACAUCAAUCAAUGCAACUCAAGUGGUGUCAGGGGGUGGUGGUGAAGACAUUGGACCAUGGAUGCAACAUGGAGUUCCUGGUGCAUCACUUCUUAAUGAUAAUUGGGAUUAUUUUGCAUAUCAUCAUUCGAAGGGUGAUACAAUGAAUGUACUUAAUUCAACUGAUGUUGACCUAGCAGCAGCUGUUUGGGCUGUAUAUGCUUAUUCUAUUGCUGAUCUUGAUAAUCUUUUACCCCGUUAG